UUGACCGUUAGGUUUUAUGGGUAUUAUGAUGACAACACUGUGGUACUCUAUCCGGUAGUAUAAAGAUUGCCACGAGUUAGCGGAGGCGGAGAGUAUCCAUCUUGAAUAGCAGCGUACAUUUUAAACAGCGAUCACUAUGUCUGACGACGCUGAGCAGCAAUUCAUGGAGACCGCUAAAAAUGGAAAUGAAGCCGAGGAAGAACUGAAUGGAGCAGAAGAAUCCACAGAACACCCCGUGGCAGAGGAACAAGAAGAACUGAGCUGCACGGUAGAGGGAGAGCCAGUGGCAGAGGAACCGGCUGUGGUGGAGGAAGGGGUCACGCAGAACGGAGCGGCAGAGGGGGGACAGAUAAAUGCAAGUAAAGGCGAGGAUGACGCUGGCAAAAUGUUUGUAGGUGGACUUAGCUGGGACACUAGCAAAAAAGACCUGAAAGACUACUUCUCCAAAUUUGGAGAGGUGACUGAUUGUACCAUCAAGAUGGACUCAAACACAGGACGAUCACGUGGGUUUGGGUUCAUCUUGUUCAAAGAAGCAGCAAGUGUAGACAAGGUUCUUGAGCAGAAAGAACACAGGCUAGAUGGACGACAGAUAGACCCAAAGAAGGCGAUGGCAAUGAAGAAGGAACCAGCCAAGAAGAUCUUUGUUGGUGGCCUAAACCCAGAAGCAACAGAGGAGACCAUAAGAGAAUACUUUGGAACCUUUGGAGAGAUUGAAUCCAUUGAACUUCCAGUGGACCCCAAGUUCAAAAAAAGGAGGGGGUUUAUCUUCAUCACAUUCAAAGAAGAGGCCACUGUUAAAAAAUGCCUUGAAAAAAAGUUCCACAAUGUCUGUGGAACCAAGGUAACAAACGGAAAGGAAGGCCUUUGUGAGAUCAAAAUCGCCCAGCCCAAGGAGGUGUACCAGCAGCAGCAGUUCGGAGGCCGUGGUGGUGGUGGUGGCGGCGGCGGCAGCAGCUAUGGAGGAGGCCGGGGAGGCAGGGGGCGUGGUGGCCAAAACCAAUAUGGGAACCAGGGUUAUAGUAAUUACUGGAGCCAAGGCUAUGGCAACCAGGGCUAUGGCUAUGGUGGGCAGCAGGGCUAUGGAAACUAUGGAAGUUACGGCAACUAUGACUACUCCGCUGGAUACUAUGGAGGGGGCUACGACUACAACCAGGGCAAUACAAGCUAUGGGAAAACUCCAAGACGUGGAGGCCACCAGGGUAGCUACAAGCCAUACUGAUCACAUGUAGUGCAGGACUCAAGUAAACACAGAUUUGAAAGACCAUGGGUGCGGCAGAAGUAUGCAGGACUUGAUUCUUUCCUGUGGGAUGACUCAUGCUCCAUUUGUACAGACCAUCUGAGGAACUGGAGAAGUAAAUGCCACUUUUCCAUGUUUUUAUUUUAUCUUUUUUGGGGGGGUCCACAUUUCCAGAGAUGGAAGUGUUAUUUUUACUGUACUUUUUGGUACCUUUUUUGAAUCUAAUGUAUUGUAUGGUUGUAUUUUACAUGUCGACUGGAUUUACAUGAGAAUCAGAAGCUGUCAGGGCUUUUGAAAUAAACCAAUUUUGAGUAAUUUUUUUCUGGUUUCUAGAUUACUUUCUUUUCUGGCUCUGGACUUGCAACAAGGAAUUCAGUGUGGGAUUGGGGUAUGAUUUAAAAGGGAUUUGCCUAAAUCUGAAUUCAUUUAAGAUUGUCUAGAGAAUGUCAACUUGUAGAUGGAACCAACCAGUAUAUUUUGGAUUCAUUUUAAUUUUGACCUGUUAAGUGGCAUUUAUAGAAAAUCUAGUUAAAGCCUGCAAAAUAUUGCUACAUGGAGUUGCAGCCCCUCUGGAAUCUCAUUCAUUGUCUUUGGCUAAUUGUUAGAAAUAAAAUUGAUUUUAUAA